ACUGUGCUGCUGCUGCUCACACACCUUCACUUCACUUGUUGUCAGAGAGCUGGUUGUUCCUCACAGACAGCAGCACUUUGAAUACGAAAGCGUAGCUGUGAGCUGUGAGGGGCUGGAGGGCCGGAGCGCCUGGAGAGUGAUGAAGAGGAUUGACGGUUUUGUUAGACCAUGUGCUGCCACCUGGUCCUCGUCAACAGGACCCUGUGAAGUGAAAGAACUCAUCGCAGCAGCGGACAGCGGACUGUACUGGUGUGAACUGGGAGGACAGACAAGCAGCACUGUCAACAUCACUGUCACUGGAGGAGCUGUGAUCCUGCAGAGUCCUGUCUUCCCUGUGAUGGAGGGAGACGCUGUGACUCUGAGCUGCAGGGAGAAGAAGACGUCCAACCUCACAGCUGACUUCUAUAAAGAUGGCUCCUUCAUGGAGAAGAGCUCCACAGGAAACCUGACCCUGCAAAGUGUGUCCAGGUCUGAUGAAGGACUCUACAGCUGCAGCAUCUCUGGAGUUGCAGCGUCACCACAGAGCCGGCUGACUGUCAGAGCAGCUCAGUCUCCCCCCCUCAGCCCCCCCCCUCAGCUGUCUCUGCUGCUCGGCAUCGGUGUCAGUGUGUUCUGUGUGGCUCUGGUGCUGUUGGUGGGAUUACUGCGAUGUAGGAGACGUCAAACAGACCCCCCGACCCAUCCGCCCCCCUCCCAGUCUCUGUCUUCUCUGCACACAGGUGAUGAUGAGAACUUGUCCAUGAUGGUUUACCAAACCGUAAACCUGAGGACGGCGUGACAAACAGUCCACCAUGAAAAGGUUACUGAGACCAGAGAGUGCUGAAGAAGGGAGGAGGGACUGUUUUAAGAUCUGUAGUGUGUGCAGGUCAGACGACAAAACAGAGCUUUUAAAUGAAUGAAGGAGCCUUUAAUGAACGUUUACAAUGUUUUUAAACUAUUUUGAUCUGUUACAUUUUUAAUCGCGUCCAAGUUUUAUAUUUUUCUCUAAAUAUAACCGUUUUAAAAUAUAUAUAUUGAAAGCAUAAUAUUUUGUAAAACCAGAUUUGGGCUCAAUUUCACCAAACAUUUAAUAAGAUGUUCUGCAGGUUUGUUUUAAUUAAACUCACAUUAUCCAUAUAUGUGUCUUUUAGUUUGGAGCCUAAAUGAGCCAAUAAUGCUGAUGUUGUUGUAUCAAUUCAUAAUUAAUAACACUGUGAAACUGGACAAACUGUUACUUUUUAAGCUUCUAAAUGAUCAUUAAGUAUAUGAAGCCACUAUUUCCAUGACCUGUAUGAAUAAUACAGAGGUUACUGACAUGUAUUACAGCACAUGGGAUUAUAAAAUCGCCUUUUACAUCAACAUAACAUCACAGAAGAUAUUGCUUUGUUUUAGUGUUUUAUGAAUGACAUCACGUUGACUGGUCAGAGCACUCUGCUGCCCCCUACAGGAUCCCCUCUGCUAGUGGCAACUUACAGAUGGGCUUUAAUAAUUAUGAGAUGUUUAUGUGCAGGGAUGAUGUUAAGAUCUAACUCAACAAACUCUGACAGUGUGCUGCUGUGCUCAUGUUCAGAUGGUCUGUUUGCAUGCUGGGGUUCCUUUGGUCUUUAUUCACUCAUGUCGGGACGUUAGUGUCUUUAAAAUCAUAACUUUCAAAUGUCAGUUUAUUGGCUGCAGUUUCAUAUAUUUUUACAUACACACACACUUUCUGCUUGUAUUUUUGUCCAUAACAUGGAAAAAUAAAUACAAUUAAACAAUUA